UGAUUUUAUCACUUUUCUAACUCAGCAUUCACUGCGCUUUCUAGAGAUUUAGAGUUCCAGGCCUCUUCCAUUUUACCAGUAGGAGCAGAGUUAAGUAUCAAUUUGGGGACAUAUUUUUAAAAAUUGCCAGAACAAGAACACAAAAUUUGUCAUAUGCUAGUGUAUAAUUUAAAUGUUUAUGCUUAAUAAAUUAAUGCCCUUAAAGCAAAUUAUACCAUGGGGAAUUAUUACAAUUCCUAAAACUUAUUCAUACAUGAGACACCACGGGCUUUGGCCUGGUAGGGACUCAAGUUUAAGCCUGUUGCCAUUGGACUUUUGUGUCUGCAAGGUAAGUAAGCCCUCACUUGCCAAGAAUAUCCAAAUCCACUUCGGAGACCAAACCAAGCCACAGAACCUAAUACAAGGUUUCUCAACUGCGGCACUACCGACCCUUGCGACCAGGUAAUAGUGACAGAGGCUGUCCUGUGCGUGGUGGGAUAUGUACAGCAUUCCUGGCCUCUACGCAUUAGAUGCCAGUAGCAGGCCUCUGUACCCCCAUUAUCAGAAACAACCAAAAAUAUCUGUAGACAUUGCCCAAUUUCCCUUGACGGGCAAGAUCACCUUUGUUUGAGAACCAGCAUGCUGACACUUUCAUAAUCUUCUUGCCAACAGGGCCCUGCAUUAAACAUCUUUCUGCACCUCCCACCCACACACAGUGCCUCCAGCCCGGCUCAGAAUAUGCAGUAUUGGUGUCUAGGCUGUGCCCAGCAGCCAUGAGAUUCAUGCUGUGACUUUACCCUCAGCAGAUGCACUCAGUCACACAUCCACAAAGCCCGUAUUACACAUUUCAGUUAAAGUCUUAGGAACUGGGGUUAUUACACUGUAUUAAUCACAGUUCCAGGGAUUCUGACAGCAGUGACAUUUAGAGAACGAAAUGCCAAGGCACACAUCAAAGAGAUCGACCCUUGAUCCAUGUGCAAGUGCGAAUCAUUGCAUUUUCGUUUACCUUCCACCAUGUGCAUUUCUGGAGACUGUUGAACACUGCUUUAUCCUCCUGUCUACCUGGUUUCGAUUGUUCCUAACUCCCUGCCAUUAGGAGGUCCACUCGGGGUUGUUUAAAUACUUGAGCAGAGGAACAAUUAAACCCGCUGCUGAAACACUAGUCUAGAGGGAGAGAUAAGGUUACCGCCUCCAGUAACACACUCCACUGCACCGAGCUUGGCGAUGAUUGUCUCUGCAGUCUUCCGGAUGUGCGUGUAGUAAACAUAGGCUGUAAAGACAGGCGCUGAGGGAGGCCGACAGGAUGGACUCGGAAUCUUGAAAGGUUAUGCUUGGAAGAGGUGCUGUGGAGCAGGGCAUUGCUAAGUGUCUGGAAGAUGUCAACCACCCGCGCCCCCUAGCAUGCCCGGAUGGUUCAAAACAGCGUGGUACGGGCUGGCUUCUCUACUCAGCUUCUCCUCCUUCCUCCUGCUCAUCGUUGCCCUGGCCGUGCCGCACUGGCUGAGUGGGAAAAUCCUUUGUCAGACGGGGGUGGACUUGGUCAAUGCCACGGAUCCAGAGCUGGUCAAGUUCCUUGGGGACAUUUACUAUGGGCUCUUCAGAGGUCGCAAGGUGCGGCAGUGCGGGCUCGGAGACCGCCAGUCUCAAUUCACAAUCUUCCCACUCCUGGUGAAGGAGCUCAACACCGGCCUUCAUGUGACAAUUCUGCUGCUCCUCUUCCUGGCCUUGGCCCUGGCUCUGGUCAGCAUGGGCUUUGCCAUUCUCAACAUGGUCCAGGUCCCUUAUCGGGCAGUCAAUGGCCCCGGGGGCAUCUGCCUGUGGAACAUCCUGGCAGGUGGAGUCGUGGCGUUAGCCAUCGCCAGCUUCAUGGCCGCUGUGAAAUUUCACGACUUGACAGAACGAAUCGCCAACUUCCAGGAGCAGUUCUUUCAGUUUGUCGUGGUGGAGGAGCACUAUGAAGAGUCAUUUUGGAUCUGUGUGGCCAGCGCUUCGGCCCAUGCAGCAAACUUGGUUGUGGUGGCAAUCAGCCAGAUUCCUCUCCCAGAGAUCAAGACCAAAAUCGAAGAGGCCACAGUCACAGCCGAGGAUAUCUUGUACUAAUCACCUCCUCCUGCCCACACCCUUUCCUGUAUCAGUUCCGUAGUGUGAAUAGGGAUCUCACUUCUUUGCAACCUUCUUACUUCAUGUUCUUGCAGUGAGAAGAAGGACGUGGAAGGAUCCAGGGGGUAGCUGGGCCAGAGAGGAAAAACCUCCCCCAAAUCCCCAGCAUACCUGCAUCCCUCUCUCAUGUCCUUGGAGGUGGAGAUUCAUGCCCGCUGUGUGUGACAGUGGACAAUUCACUUCAUGUCUACUUCUCAGUAUCCUCUCUGUAAAAUGUGGAUUCCUACAA